AUGGCUUGUAUUGAAAAUGGGCUUGGAAGGCAUAGCCAUUCAUUCAUAAUGGUACCUGUGGACAAAAAUACAAGCAGGGGGAUAUGCCACAAUGUGCAGCUCUGGUGUCUGAAUUCCAUGCUAAAUGAUGAUGAGGAUGAUGCAGAGACCUGGGCCUGCCCGCCUGUCUUCUUGAAACCUCCCUUCAUGGUGCCAAGAUCAGGAGCCAGCAUUCCUGAAAAUCCAAGAGCUCUGACACACCCUUUUACUCUAACACCUGCUAUUAAGGCAGAGUCCUUAGCAACAACAGAAGUAAACAUCUCAGAGGGCCUUGAAGGCCAGAGCCAGAAGGCAAAUGAUUCUAUUAAUAAGUCUCGGGAAUUUUGUGAAAGCAGUGAGGCACUGAUAAUCAGAGGCCCAAGAGUUGGUAGUGGGGUUCUUGAGAGAAGUGGCAGUAACUCAAAACCUGUUCCUAGAGCCCAAGGGUUCUUUUCACCAAGGGGCUUCCAGUCAGGACGCCCUCCAUAUAUACCCACACUUAGAUCAGGGAUAAUGAUGGAGAGGACUCCAGGAAAUGCUAGAAUGGCAUACAAGGGCAACCUGGUUCCAGUUUAUUCCUCACUGGGAAGCCAAAGGCACCCUAUGGCUAACUGGCAGCAGAGACCUCUUUUUUUGUCAAGCAGUAUUCUAGACUUACCUUGCUCUGCUGCUCAUUGCAUCCUGCCUCCUCAAGCUCCAGCGUUCAAUCCAUUUCCCAUGAUGCCUACAGCUUUUGCUUUUCCCUUGAGAUUUGCUCCUCCCCUGUUGCCUUAUUUUUUACAUUACAACACCCGAGCAAUGUAUCCUCCUCAUCCAUACUUAAAUUAG